CUCUUUCAUGUAAAAACCCACUCUAGUACUUUUUUAUUCGCAUCUCCUGGAACUCUCCCUUUUUUGGUUUAAAAAGCAAAACACUGAGAAAAAGAAGAAAAAAUCUCUUCGCAUUCCACUGUUUAGUUUAAAACUAAACAAAAGUUCGCUUCAACUUCCAACUCAUUUGCCUUUGUUUUUUUUUUUUUUUUCUACUUUACCAAUUUCUACAGAGAAAAUGAGAGUCGAGUUGAAAACCAGACUUUUUACGUUACUUUUGACGCUGCUUUGUAUGUGUAAAGGUUCGUUUGGUGGGUUACUUGCUGAACCGGCGGAGCCAUUGAAGCCAGGUGAUUACGCUUCUAACACUGUUCCAGCUUUUCCGGUUCAGACCGAGUCACAGAUAUGUCGGUUGGAUUUGUCCGACGAGCUAUUUGGUGGAGUGAGCGCGGCGUGCGGACAGAACCUGGACCGGAGCCGUUGCUGUCCUGUACUGGCGGCUUGGUUAUUCGCAGCUCACGCGCGUUCAGCUUUGCAAGUUUCAGGGGCGGCUGCACCAGCAAGCUCCGACUUGCCGAUGAUGCCGGAUGACUCGCAGAAAUGCGUUAAUACGCUUCAGAAUUCUCUUCAGAGCCGUAACAUCCAUCUCCCGCAACCUAAUGGUACAUGCGAUGCCGUUUUGUGUUUCUGUGGUAUUCGUCUUCAUCAGAUUACCUCCCUUAGUUGUCCGGCGGCGUUCAACCUCACCGGCUCGAAGAAUGCAACUCCGACCGCCGCCGUCAGAAAUCUCGAGAGGAAUUGUCGGAACUCUUCUUAUUCCGGUUGUACCCGGUGUCUCGGUGCUUUACAAAAGCUUAACGGUGACGGUGGAAAAAAUCGAACACACAAAAUGGAUGUAACCGGUGGGGAUAGAGUGAGCAAGAUGCUAAGCAGAGACUGUCAGUUGAUGGGAUUGACAUGGUUACUGGCACGCAACAAGACGGCGUACAUACCGACGGUUUCUGCUGUAUUGCGCGCUAUCAUGUACAGUGCGCACCCACCGCAUGAGUCCAAGUGUAGCCCGGACCAGGAGAACAUGCCACUAGCCGUCGAUUCACUACAGUUUGAAAAAAAUGAUUCAUCUUCACCGUUCGUUGGUGUUUCUGGUUUUGCUAUUUUGUUUACUUUUUUGCCCCUAAUCAUUCUACUGAAUUAGAGAAGAAGAAAUCACUCUGUUAUUUUGCUCAUGUGAUGUGAUUUUGGGGGAUUCACGUGAAAUGUUUGCUGACAAAAUCGGAAGAGGGGUGAAAAAGGGGUUAUUUUGUCUUUUUGCUCCACUGUAAAUUCAGGUUAUUAUUUGCAAGACAAUCUCUUUUUAACAACU